GCGGUCGGGUUGGUCUGCGGCUGUGGAAAGGUGAAACGCCACUGCCUGUUCGCCACCGCGACCCCCGCACUCAUCCCCAGCCAUUGCGCUGCACCGGGACUCCCAAUUGGCCCGCUGCACCGAAAACAGAUCAUCGUAAGCCUGCCGCCUCCUGCCGCAGCCAAGCACCGUAGGGCAGGCAGGCAGCCAUGACGAAGAUCAUUGACAAGCUGAAUGGGAAGAUUGCGGAGGGCAAAUCCUUCUUCAGCUUUGAGUACUUCCCACCCAAGACUGACGAGGGCGUGCACAACCUCAAGGAGCGGCAGAUGCGCAUGGCGGCGCUGGGCCCCUGCUUCUGUGACAUCACCUGGGGCGCAGGCGGCUCCACCGCGGAGGUCACGCUGGACGUGGCGCGCAGCAUGCAGCAGGAGGUGGGCGUGGAGACCAUGAUGCACCUCACCUGCACCAACAUGCCUGUGGAGAAGCUGAAGGAGGCGCUGACCAAGGCCAAGGAGUAUGGCAUCACCAACAUCCUGGCGCUGCGCGGCGACCCUCCCAAGGGCCAGGACCACUUUGAAGUGGUGGAGGGAGGCUUCUCCUGCGCACUCGACCUCGUCAAGUACAUCCGCGCCGAGCACGGCGACUUCUUCGGCAUCGGCGUGAGCGGCUACCCCGAGGCGCACCCCGACGUGAUUGUAGAGGAUGAGAGGCAGAUGAGGAAGAACUACUGGGCGGACAUCGAGUACCUGAAGCAGAAGAUGGAGGCGGGCGCGGACUUUGUGGUCACGCAGCUGUUCUACGACUGCGACCGCUACCUGCAGUUUGUCAAGGACUGCCGGUCUGUGGGCAUCACCGCCCCCAUCCUGCCCGGCGUGAUGCCCAUCAUGACCUACGGCGGCUUCAAGCGCAUGACCUCCUUCUGCAAGACGGCCGUGCCGCAGCACAUUGCCGACACGCUGGAGACCAUCAAGGGCAGCGACGAGGCGGCGUACGGGAUCAGCCUGGGCACCAUGAUGUGCCAGCGGCUGCUCGCCAGCGGCGCGCCCGGGGUGCACAUGUACACGCUCAACCUGGAGCGGUCGGCGGGUGAGGCCCUUGGCUGGCGCCGUGCUGCGCCGGUUCCUGGGUGCGGGCAAGCCCCUUUUUUGCAGUUACAGGGCUGGCGUGCAGCGAGCAGGGAAGCAAGCUGCCGCUGA